UUUUUCCAUUCAACCAUCUCCGUCUCUCUCUUCUACUUGUGUUGGUUUAUCACUGGAACUCUGCAUUAUAUCCAUAGUUGCAGAGCUCUUCCAUGAAAAUUUAAGAUCUGUUUUUAAGAGAUUAGGGUUUAUUUGUAAGUGAAGCUAAGGUUGUAUUGUAAAUAGUAAUAAGAUUAUUGUGUUGUGAGCUGAAUUUUGGAUAAGAAGAAGAGGAGAGAUGUGGGGAGAUGGUGGUAAAAUUUAUUGGGGAAGAAAAGCUGUUGAUGAUGGAGAGAAAGUUGAAGGGAUUGUUGUGGUUUUUGCUUGGUUAUCUAGUCAAGAGAAGAACUUGAAGAAUUAUGUUAAGUUGUACUCUUCCUUGGGUUGGAAUUCUCUUGUUUGUCAUCCUGAUUUUCUUAAUCUAUGGUUUCCUGAUAAGGCGGCAUCACUAGCAUCUGCAAUCCUCAAUGAACUCAUUAAGGUAUUGAAGGUUAGGCCAUGCCCUGUAGUCUUUGCAGCUUUUUCUGGUGGUCCAAAAACUUGCAUGUACAAAGCUCUACAGAUAAUCGAUGGAAAGUGUGCGCAAAAUGAUUUGGAUGAUUAUCAACUGGUUAGGAACUGUAUCUCUGGUCAAAUUUACGACUCCUGUCCUGUAGAUUUUACCAGUGAUGUUGGAACUAAAUUUGUUCUUCACCCCACCGUUCUUAAAAUGUCUCAUCCACCGAGAAUCAUGUCGUGGAUUGCAAAUGGAAUUGCUUCUGGUCUAGACACUCUCUUCGUAAACCGAUUUGAAGCAGAACGCGCUGAUUAUUGGCAGACUUUGUAUGCAUCGGUUAACAUGGAGGCGCCAUUUCUCAUAUUAUGCUCAGAGGACGACGAACUUGCUCCAUAUCCAGUAAUUUGCAAUUUUGCUCAACGCUUACAAGACCUUGGCGGUGAUGUUAAACUAGUGAAAUGGAAUAGUUCUCCUCACGUAGGUCAUUACAGGCAAUACCCAGCUGAUUAUAAGGCUGCUGUUACCGAAUUGCUCGGGAAGGCAGCAUUCAUAUAUUCUAGAAGGCUCGCAAAACUUGAAGGGGAGAAAACUGGAAUAGAAGGGAACCAUGUGGGGGUAUCUGAAUCAGUCUAUAACCUUCAGAAAGCCACAGCAACUUCAUGUGAAAGCUUUCGGAGAGUUGCUGUUGAUCCUAGUGACCACUUCUUCCUACCAAGCUCAGUGGAACUCGAAGAUAGGGGUAUGGGAUCAAUGCAGGAUGAGCCUAAGGAAGAGUUGAUCCAUUUACAGAAGCUUCCGGCACUAAAUGCACACGGCGUCCUAGGCCAGAUCCUCUUUGAUGUAUGUGUUCCGAAGAACAUCGAGGGUUGGGAUAUGAAGCCAUCUAGUUCGUCAUCUCGUAAAAUCUCUCCUUUCAAUCCUAUCAAAUGCAUACGACGCUCGAGGUUGUGAGAUUCUAAAUGUUGGUGAAAGGCCGUUAAAAACUUGCGUGGAAAUUUACAGGAUGAAGAUGUUGGACUCAAAAGCUCACAAGCAAAUUAUGCUGUUGUUGCACCUAGUCUAAACCUAAUGGCAGGCAGAGAGAAUUGAGGUAUCUUUUUAUUUUUUAUUUGUUUCACUCUUUUCUUUUUCUAAUAUAGAAUAAGGAUAAUAGUCAGUGGGCUUGUUCUGUGGCCUUCAUUCUGGCAUCAAAUUGUACAGGCAUUAUAAUUAUAAGAUAUAUAUUAGGCUGCUGAAGAAGCUUUUACCUUCUACAAGGUUGGAAAUGGUCAUCGGUUUGACAAAUAAGAAGAAAAGAAUUAAGACUGUAACAGUAUGUAGAUGGUUUGGUCGUGUAACUUGGGUUAGUUAGAGCUUAUCUUAACACUGAGAAAAAUAAACAUAAAUAAAAGCACCGAGCAGAACAUGUGUUUUUUCGUUUUUAA